GCGCUUGCGCACUAUCGUCAACAACGGCUGUCAAAACCUGUAAAUAAUGGCGGACGAGAAAUAAUUGAACAAAUAUCUGAUUAAUCUGACAUAAAAUACCAAUAUUUUGACCCAUUUAAUUGUUAUUAGUUUAUUAGGUAGAUAUUAAACUUUAUAUUUAUUGACAUAUGUUGGCCAUUAGCUGAACAGGUUCAAAAUGGAGCUGAGGGUAGGCAACAAGUAUAGACUUGGUCGAAAAAUCGGGAGUGGGUCGUUUGGAGACAUAUAUUUGGGCACCGAUAUUUCCAACGGCGAGGAGGUCGGAAUAAAACUUGAAUAUGUGAAAACUAAGCAUCCUCAACUGCACAUUGAAAGCAAAAUUUACAGAGUGAUGCAGGGCGGAGUGGGCAUACCUACCAUAAAAUGGUGUGGAGCAGAGGGGGACUACAAUGUAAUGGUGAUGGAGCUCCUUGGACCAAGUCUCGAAGAUCUCUUCAACUUUUGCUCCAGAAAAUUCAGCUUAAAAACUGUCCUCCUACUGGCCGACCAAUUGAUCAGCAGGAUUGAGUACAUACAUUCAAAGAACUUCAUACACAGGGACGUCAAACCAGACAACUUCCUCAUGGGACUGGGCAAAAAAGGAAAUCUAGUAUAUAUUAUAGACUUUGGAUUGGCCAAAAAAUACCGGGAUGCUCGCACACAUCAGCAUAUACCAUACCGAGAAAACAAGAAUCUCACUGGCACAGCUAGAUAUGCCAGUAUAAACACACAUUUAGGCAUAGAACAAAGUCGUCGUGAUGACAUGGAGUCCCUGGGUUACAUCUUUAUGUACUUCCUGAGAGGCAGUCUACCUUGGCAGGGCCUCAAGGCCGCUACAAAGCGACAGAAAUACGAGCGCAUCAGUGAGAAAAAGAUGUCCACGCCCAUUGAAGAAUUGUGUAAAGGGUUCCCAUCCGAGUUUGCGACAUACCUGAACUUCUGCCGGUCCUUGCGCUUUGAUGACAAGCCAGAUUACUCGUAUCUCCGACAGUUGUUUCGCAACCUAUUCCAUCGACAGGGAUUCACAUAUGACUAUGUCUUUGACUGGAACAUGCUGAAAUUCGGUGGCAGGAACAGUGACGAUGCAGAGCGUGGCAAGGUGAGCCUCUCAGCACGUCCAGUUCACGGUACGGCACAGCCCCGUGGCCGCACUGAACAGAUGGCUACAGCCACCCCACCUGGGGAGUACGGAAGUGUGACUAUGAGUGGGUCAGUGGCCACCUCACCAAGGCCAAUGUCAAGAGAACGUGAGAGGCGUACAAGCACCCGUCUACACCGUGGUAUUCCAACCGCUGGCCAAGACGGCAUUGUGCGAGAAGGGACCCGCAUGUCCACUCAGAUGCAGCCUACGGCCCUUCCCGCCAAUCCCGCUGCCAUGCGCAAGGGAAGUGCUUCAAAAGAUGGCGAUGGCCCUCAGCGCGCUAGCUCUUCUAAGCAUGUGCGCAAGUGAUGUGAUAACGUACAUACAGACUGUGAUAUUAGACAAUGACCAAGUGUAGAAAGAAUCAUUGGGUGCCAACAAUAUAUUUUUUUCUUUUUUGAAAUCAGCCAUACCAUGUUCAUUGAGUCAUUUCAUUGUUGUGUUGAGAGCCGUUGCCUGGGUGUACAGGGAUGAACCAUGCUCUUUGCCUUUUUCAAGUAAUUGGCAAGUGUCAUUUUCACAGGUCAUAUCAGCAUCAUAAGGUCCUUGUGUGUAUAAGGGUUAAGUUUUUGAAAUGUUUUUUAGUUACUUAGGAUUGCUGUGGAACAAUCAUUCAAGAUUUAUUUUUUGUCUUAAUUUAUUUUUAGCUCUAAUUAUUUUGGCUUUAUUCUGUCCAUCUCAGACUAAAGUUCAAACAUGCUUGUGUUGAUUCAAAGAGAUCUUGUAUGUUGAACCAGUAUACUGUUGUAUCCUUAUACUGGUAUUUCAAUCAUCUGUUGAGGCAAACGAUUAUCAAAACAAUGUAGUGCUUGAUUUAGAACACUGGUAAUUUCUUGGAUGUGUUUUAAAGGGAAGUUCUACAUUGAUGCAAAUUAGAAGGCAGGUCAUAUGUGCACAGCAGGACAUUUUGAUGGCUACAUGUGCAGACCAGUGUUGUUCCACACCCAUGUGUCAAAGUAGGACAGGAGAUUUUAUGUAUUGUGUUAUAUUAUAUAUUGUCAUGCUGUAAUAAUAUACAACUUUCAAAAAUUCAUGUUGUAAAUCAUGUUUAUGUCCACACCACUAUAGUGGGGGACAUAUUGUUUUUGCCCUGUCUGUUGGUCUGUUGGUUUGGUCAAAUUUUAACAUUUGCCAUAACUUAUGCAAUAUUGAAGAAAGCAACUUCAUAUUUGGCAUGCAUGUGUAUCUCAUGAAGCUGCACAUUUUGAGUGGUGGAAGGUCAAGGUCAUCCUUCAAGGUCAAAGGUCAAAAAAAAGUCAAAGCGGCGCAGAAGGGGACAUGGUGUUUCUGACAAACACAUUUCUUGUUAAUAUCUGACAAUUUUUCCAAUUUUAUGUAUGUGUACCGAUUAAAAGAAUGUAUGAGAUAUAUGUGCCUGUAUCACAGUGAUGUUCACACUAAUAAUAAACAACUUUCAAAAAUUCAUGUUGUAAAUCAUUUUUAAUAUCUGACAAUUUUACCAAUUUUAUGUAUGUGUACUGAUGAAUAGAAUGUAUGAGAGAUAUGUGCCUGAAUCACAGUGAUGUUCACACUAAUAAUUAAUUGCCCUUGUUGUAUAUAUGUAAUACAGUGUUUAGAGAUAGUUCAGACAUUAUCAAAGAGUCCACUGGAAGGCAACUGAAGACAGUUUGGAGGCAAAAUAAUUGAUUUGGCUAAAUCUUAUAUUUAUAUCUCUUGCUUUCCAAACUGCUACAAGGCUUUAUGUUAAAAUAAUUAUAGUGGUCAUUUUAGGCAUUGUAUUAGUUAAAAGAAUAAAAAAACAUUGCAUUACAUGACUUACAUCUAUAAAUAAGUUGAGUCCAUUGAUACACUUCUAUGCAUAUAUUUAUAUACUUGUGGAUGUUUGUAUUAACAGUAGCAAAUCUGUACACAAUUAUUAUCUGCAAUUUCUGCAGCACAUUUCAAGAUUUCAAGAUGGCAUGGUGCUUCAUGUUGUUUCAGGAGCUACAUCCCUUUGUUUAAAAUUGCCAACAUGAGCUUCUGUGGGCAACUCAUACAUUUGCACAUGGUUUUUGACAGACUUUUACAGAAUACUUAUCUGCAAGGGCUACAAUGCAGUUUGUCAAGGUAUCAAGAUUGGGGUUGAAAGGAGUAAUUGCUGUUUGUUUUUAAUAACAUAUAAAGUGUCUGUGUGCAUUUUGCAUGCCUUUUCCUUUACAAAAUAAUGAUCUCCAAGUGCUACAUGGCAUAUUGUUGAUAAUUCACACUUGUGUAAUUUUUUAGAAGUUAUUGCCCUUGGUUUAAAAUUACAAAAGUUUAUGUGAGCUCCUUUAUUUUGCAUCCUAUUUUGUUAAACUUUUACAGGAUAAUUAUCUGUGUGUGCUACAGCACAUAUUAUCAAGGUUUCACAAUUGUGUUAUUUUGAAUGGAGUUAUUGUCCUUUGUAUAAAUUACAUGCAAUGGUCGUGUGAUUGCAGCUAUUAAUUUUCUUUAAAAUAUGAUCGCAAAUUCUAACUGUACCCUCUUGACAACAAUGCAACAGAGGUGUUGGAUACACUGUCCGACAUUUUCUUGUAAAUUUUACUUGCAUUUUCAUUUGUCAUGUUUUAUAAAAAAUUUAAGUGUUUUUUUACUUGUAUUUAACACGGGAUCAUAAAGUAUGAUUAUUACAGAGUAUUCUUUGAUGUCAUGUUUUAGUCAGAGUGAUAGUUGCUUAAGCUAAAAGCAUAAUUAUACAACUGUUGUAAAUAUCAAGUAACUAUUAAGAUCUGUGUAAAUAUAACUAAGUAAUAAAAUUGCUCUUAAAUCCA